CCACCACCUCCUCCUCGAAACGACAUGAACCCAGCUCCGCAAUCAUGGCGCCCGCCAAACGACCCCGAACGCAGACGAAGGCGCAUCGAAGCACGCUCUUCGAUGCAGCUGACACGCCUCCACCGAAACAGACCACAUCAGCGGCCGAGACGAAGAAGUUUCUAGAGAGCCUCGACAACGACGACGACGACGACGAAUCUCUGAGCGAUCUGGACAGCGAUGAUUUCGAAGAUGUGGCGCCAGCAAGGAAGAAGCCAAAGAUGGCCCAUAUCGAUUCUGCACAGAUCGGGCAGGAUGAGCGUGCCAACGACGACGACGACGACGACGACGACGACGAUGAUGGAAUGGACUGGGAAGAUGCCACCACUGCACACCCCAACGUCGUUCCCUCCUCCAAACCGGAUGUCGAGAUUGCCGACAUUGAUGUAUCGCUCAACGAGGAUGGCGUCUACGUAGAGCCGGAACUCUCACUGGCCACGGGGAAGAAGGGUCCCUCCAAGCGUGAACGGCAAUUCCGAGUCCUGACACACUGUUUGCAUGUUCAGAGCUUGAUGUGGCACAACACGGUACGGAACUCGUGGCUCAAUGACACCGAAGUGCAGAAGAUUCUCGUGGAUGGGCUGGGAGAUGGCGUCAAGAAGGAGAUUACGCGGUGGAGGGAGAAUAUGGGAAUUUUGACAAAAGAGGAAUUGGAAGCGAAAAAGGCGGCAGCAGCAAAACUGAGAGCGAGAAAUGAGAAGAAGGGAAAAGGCAAGAGAAGCAAGACGAGAGACUGGAGCUAUGAAGCCGAACACCUGGACCAAGGUGUGCCAAAUCUGAGUCAGGGCGAUCCCUUAUUGAGGUUGCUCAAGGUCCUAGCAGCAUACUGGCGGAAACGCUUCACUGUGACAGCGCCUGCUUUUCGCAAGCAGGGUUACAUGCCAUUGAAGCGGCUACGAGAUGAGAUCCAACAUUGGAGCAAGAAUAUGGGAGAUGCAGAUGAGCAUGGUGAGCGCAUUGAGAAUCUGGAUGCGUUCCGAAACCUGGCAAAGUCUUGCGAAGGAUCACGAGAUGUGGGUGCUCAGCUCUUCGUGGCCCUUCUCCGAGCUAUUGGUCUGGAGACGCGAAUGGUGGCGAACCUCCAGCCUGCGGGGACGGGAUUCAGCAAAGCUGAGGAGGCGCUUGAGAAGAAGAAGAAGAAGAAGAAGGAGAAGAAAGGGGUGGAUACUGCAAUGUCGGAGAAGGAAGACGAUGAUCUACCAUCUGCGAAGACAUCCAAGGUCGCCCAGAAAGCCACGCCAACGAGCAAGACGGGAACCUCCAAUGGAAAGUCAGCUCGAGGCGCCAAGACGAAGCCGAUCAAUCUAGAAGAGUCAGGAAGUGAGUUGAGUGAGCUACCCCUGGAGGCGGAAGAAGACGACGUAUCGCUGGUGGACAUCACUACUCCGUCUUCACUACCACAGAAGAAGGCUCACAAAAAGUACGACCGCGACCUCGCCUUUCCCACCUACUGGACCGAAGUGUGUUCGCCCGUCUCGCACAAAUGGAUACCUGUCGAUCCCAUCGUCCUCUCGACCAUCGCCUCCACCGAUGAACUACUUCAAACUUUCGAACCUCGUGGCAAAAAGGCGGACAUGGCAAAGCAAGUCAUGUGCUAUACGAUUGCAUUCAGCGCAGAUGGCUCGGCCAAAGACGUCACCGUGAGAUACUUGAAGAAGCAUCAACUACCAGGCAAGACAAGGGGUAUGCGCAUCGUGGCCGAGAAAGUGCCCAUCUACAACAAACGCGGAAAGGUCAAGAAGUACGAGAAUUACGACUGGUUUCGUACGGUGAUGUCGAGCUACGACCGACCGCAGACCAAACGCACCGCUGCCGACGACCUAGAAGAGCAAACGGACCUCAAGCCUUGGAAACCCGUCAAGGAGGCAAAGGAAGUUGAGAAGGAGAGUCUGCAGUGGUACAAACAGUCUGCAGAAUUCGUUCUCGAACAACACCUGCGUCGUGAAGAAGCAAUCGUCCCGGGGGCCAAACCGGUUCGAGACUUCAUCGCGGGCAAAGGCGAUAAAGCAGUCACCCAUCCGGUGUAUAAGCGUAGCGAUGUGGCCACCUGCAAGACCGUCGAAUCAUGGCAUAAAGAAGGGCGUGAGGUCAAGGUCGGCGAACAUCCCAUGAAACAUGUACCAGUACGUGCCGUCACUCUCCUUCGCAAACGGGAGAUGGAGGAACACUUCAAGGAGCACGGCGAAAAGUUACAGCAAGGUCUGUACUCUUGGGAUCAGACAGACUGGAUCAUUCCCCCUCCCAUCCACAACGGCGUUAUCCCGAAAAAUGCCUUUGGAAACAUGGACGUCUAUGUGGACACCAUGGUCCCCGCGGGUGCAGUACAUCUCCCCCUCAAGGGCAGUGCGAAGAUCUGCAGGAAGCUCGAGAUUGACUACGCCGAAGCGUGUGUUGGGUUCGAGUUUGGAAAGCAGCGCGCAGUGCCGGUUCUGUCCGGUGUGGUCGUAGCCGAGGAACACGAAAUCCUCGUCCGAGACGCGUGGAAGGAGCAGCAGAUUGAGAUCAAACGCAAAGAAGACACUAAACGCACCGCAGCGGCGCUCCAUUGGUGGCGGAAAAUGGUGAUGGGUAUGCGGAUUGUGGAGCGCAUGCGAGCCGAGUAUGAUGAGACAUCUGGCGAUCCUGACGCGAGCAACCCGUUUGCGAGGAAAGCAACAGCUCAAGCUCGACAUGUCCCAGCCGUAGUGGUCGAGGAGGAUGUCGGCGCCGGAGGGUUCUUCCCACCUGGACAUGUGGAAGAAGAGUCGCGAGAACAUGAACGUCAGCUGCGCCGCGAAGCGCCCUCCGAAGAUGUCAAUGGGAACGGUAGUGGUGGCUUCUUUGCCGGAAGUGAGGACGAAGGAAGUGCCGCUGGCGAUGGCGGGUUUCUCGUUGUCGAAGAGGGUCCUGACGGCGAUACAUCGACGCGCCCGUCCGUUGCUACUCCCUUCACGCCCAUGUCGUUACAAUCGGUACACCAAGCACCAGAGCCCGAUGAAGCAUAUAGGAGCAACGGUGCCGGUGGCUUCUUGGUCGACAACAGCGAGCAAGAAGAGGAUGAGGAGGAGGAGCAAGCGCCAAAUCCUGGUGUGGUGAAGCGUUCCCGUACAGCAAGCAGAGCUCCUGCAAUGAAAGCUACGAGAAUGGCAGAAAAGCCAGCAAUUCGCCAGACUCCCGCAAGAAGCGCAGUCUCGAGGAAAGCACCCGCACUAACAACGCCUUCGAGCGACUCGAAUCUCUCCGAGCUCGAAGACGACGAGGACCCGGGAGAUACUGGGAAGCCUGCGCUAGCUCCACUGCGUCGGGAACGCAGUUCACCCCAAGUGAUGAUCUCGCCUGUGAAGAAGAGAGCCACUAGAGCGCGGUCGAGGACUAGCAAUGGGAAGAGAGCGACACCUGUAAAAAGUCAAUACUUUGAGCAUGAUGAUAAUGGGGUUGACGAAGAUGAAAAUAAUAACCACCAUAACGAAGACGAUGAGAAUGACAGCGAACCAGAAGUUGUCAGACCUACGAGAACAACUGCUCGGACCAGGAAUAGGAGAUAGAUUGUUACACUAUCGAUAUGUAGAGCUGUAAUAUUAAUUUGUACUUUU